GCGGUUGCACCGCGUAUUUGGCUUCCGAGGAAGUUGACCGAGGCGGCUGCGGCAGGAUCCCUGGUUCUGGAUUGCACGAAGCCUGCUUAGCGGUCACCUSGCACAACCCUGGUCGCCUCCUGCGUGCUCUACUUUCCAUCUGCUAUUGUUACAGAUUGUUUCUGGUGAYCAGCCUUUCUCGGAAACUUACAAAGAAAGUGUUGGAUUUCCCCUUGUUCGAACUGAGGAAUUGCAGUCCACAUCUGGGUAGCUGGAUGAAACCCACCCCAUUCCCUUUCUGGUACCAAAGUGCUUACUUCCUCUCCAAAGUGCCAUGUCUGAACUGUUAAUGGGAAGAAGCGGUUCCUGAAACGUGCACCUUGCACCUGCCUCGCGCUUCCCCUUUCUCUGCCACCUUCCCUGGCCCAAGCGGCGCGGAGAAAGCCCACUUCGGAUGUCUUUCGUGGAAACUGGUUCUCCGAGGCUGGCAAGCUGAGGCUGGAUUUGAGAGAGGAAUAUUAGACUUGGAGGAGUCUGCGCGCUUUUCUCCUCCCCGCGCCUCGCGGUUGCGGCUAGUUCACCGCUCAGUCCCUGUGCCUGCUCCCCCACCCCACCCACUUCCUGUGCUCGCCCAGGGGGCGUGUGCCGUGCAGCUGCCGGAGUUCUGGGAAGUUGUGGCUGUCGAGGAUGGGGGUCUGUGGGUACCUGUUCCUGCCCUGGAAGUGCCUCGUGGUCGUGUCUCUCAGGCUGCUGUUCCUUGUACCCACAGGAGUGCCCKUGCGCAGCGGAGAUGCCACCUUCCCCAAAGCUAUGGACAACGUGACGGUCCGGCAAGGGGAGAGCGCCACCCUCAGGUGCACGAUUGACAACCGGGUUACCCGGGUGGCCUGGCUAAACCGCAGCACCAUCCUCUACGCUGGGAAUGACAAGUGGUGCCUGGAUCCUCGUGUGGUCCUCCUGAGCAACACCCAAACUCAGUACAGCAUCGAGAUCCAGAAUGUGGAUGUGUAUGACGAGGGCCCAUACACCUGCUCUGUGCAGACAGACAACCACCCAAAGACCUCUCGGGUCCACCUCAUUGUACAAGUGUCCCCCAAAAUUGUAGAGAUUUCUUCAGAUAUCUCCAUUAAUGAAGGAAACAAUAUCAGCCUCACCUGUAUAGCCACAGGUAGACCGGAGCCUACAGUUACCUGGAGACACAUCUCCCCCAAAGCUGUUGGCUUUGUGAGUGAAGAYGAAUACUUGGAAAUUCAGGGCAUUACCCGGGAGCAGUCUGGGGACUACGAGUGCAGCGCCUCCAACGACGUGGCUGCACCAGUGGUGCGAAGAGUAAAGGUCACYGUGAACUAUCCACCAUACAUUUCAGAAGCUAAGGGUACAGGUGUCCCUGUGGGGCAGAAGGGGACACUGCAGUGUGAAGCCUCAGCAGUUCCCUCAGCAGAAUUCCAGUGGUACAAGGAUGACAAAAGACUGAUUGAAGGAAAGAAAGGAGUCAAAGUGGAAAACAGACCUUUCCUGUCAAAACUCAUCUUUUUCAAUGUCUCUGAACAUGACUACGGGAACUACACUUGUGUGGCCUCAAACAAGUUGGGCCACACCAAUGCCAGCAUCACAUUAUUUGAACUAAAUGAGCCUACAAGCUCAACUUUGUUGCAAGAAGUGAAAACUACAGCCCUGACCCCUUGGAAAGGCCCCGGCGCAGUCAGCGAAGUGAACAACGGGACGUCGUCACGGAGGGCAGGCUGCAUUUGGCUUCUCCCUCUUCUGGUCUUGCACCUGCUCCUCAAAUUUUGAUGUGAGUGCCACUUCCCCUGGGGGGGAAAGCUGCCGCCACUGCACCAACAACACAACCGCAACGGCAACCUGACAGCAACAAUAAGAAUCAAAUGAAAUUCAGAGAAACACAGCCUAAUGGGACAGAAAUUCGAGGGAGGGAAACAAAGAAUACUUUGGGAAAGAAAAAAAAAAUGUUUUAAAGAGGAAAUUGAAAAUUGCCUUGCAGAUAUUUAGGUACCACUGAGUUUUCUUUCUUUUCCCACAACGGGAAGAAUGCACACCCGGCUUGGGCCCACCCGCAAGCUGCACCGUGUGACCUCUCUGUUGCCAGGGUGGGCAAGGGCUCAGAUGCUGUGCCCACUAAAGUGCCCCACCAUGGAACAUUCUGGAGUCGGCCAUCCCAAAUUCCAUCCGUCAGUAGAGACAAACACAGAGUGAGCCAUGCAGGCUCAGAUGUGCCACGGCGGGCCCUUUGGUAGACUGCGCCACCAUUGUGUGUGUCAUGAAAUGUGAAAUUAAAAAAGAAAGAAAGAAAAAGGAGACAAGACAGCCUGACAGCAACAAUGAUCCCACAAACAACAGUCACAAAAAAUCUUGUUAAACAUUUUUUUUUUCUGUUUUUCAUUGUACUACAUGGACAUGAUGGAUAAUAAGGGAUUCUGAUUCAUUUAUUAAUUUUAUUAAUUAUAUUUUCUGAUAUGAGUCUAGAAUUAGUGCAAAAACAAGACAAAACUAAAAUAUACACACAUGAGAGGGGUAAAGAGAAAUGUGUUUGUCAAACAUUAUAAAAUGAAUAGUGUAUCUCUUAACUAGGUUUACAAUAGGUGGACCACACACCAGGAAUAAGGACCUGGUGAGGAUUUGGCAGAUCCACCAAAAAAAAAAAAAAAAAACACAUCCAGUUUAACCAACCUCUCCACCAGCGCUACAGAUUCCUCCUUUUCUGGCAUUUCAUGCAGACAAUACUAUGCUAUCUACAUACUGUUUAGAAAUGGAAAGUUGAUCACACUGUAUCUUGGGUUUGUUGGCUAUGCUUCCUUUGAUGACAUAUAUUAUACAGUAUAUAUAUACAUAUAUUUUUUUUUGUUAGAGUUCUAGCCAUUUUGUUUCUCAGCAGGGUCCUUUCUCAGACAUUACUGCAUGCUGUAUAUGGCGUUAGCUGUGUGUUGAUCUUCUAAAAGAUGAUAGAGUUUACUGGUAAUUGUGUAAUCAGCUCCUGCCUUUUUAUUUUCUUGGGUUAUUUACACGUCAGAGACAUUUAUAAAAAAGUGAAAAGCAAAACAACUAAUACCAGGCGCAGCAUUUUUCCAGGUGUGGCUCUCUGAGGCGAAGGCCCUCUUGUCCCAGGUUGCCUCGCUUCUCCAUCACGCCUCGGGGCAUUAACAGACAGCAAGCAACUGAACAAACUAAACCGUCAGUAACCACUUGCUUUAGCCCAUUAUGGGAAUCCCUGAUGCCUUUGUGACCACUGGAGAAUUUAAUCCUCUUGGUUGAUUUUAUUUAAUUUCCCACCUUUGUGUGAGUGUGUAUGAAAGAGAAGAAAAAUGCAGUUUUUAGGUAAACUUUUUUUUCCUCCCCCGAAGUCUGGGAACCAGAGCGGCCUCGGGGAGGGGUUCUGGAUGUGAUGAGGGAAAGUGGGAUUGGGGGAUAGGGGAGGGAAGGGUUGUCUCUGACUUGACAUUAAAAAGUGUUCCAUGUCCCUCUU